AUGAGAAACUUGAGGAAAACCCCAGAACUCAGUACCUUUCAGGAUACAUCCAUUCCUGAAAACAAAGAAAUUACUCAGGAUAGUAAGACGCUCCUUGAACUUGAAAAACAAGGCGCUUUGAUCACCGAACAAAUCAAAUCUGAUUCACCUAGAUCAAGCAAGAAAGAUAAAAAGAAGAAAAAAGUACAACCCGAAGUUGAGCAAAACCCUAAGAAUACUGAGCCUGAAGUUUCUGUUACGCCGGAAGUUAAAACCGAAACUGUGCAAAUUGUUACUGAAGAAGUUAAAGAAGAAAUUAAAGUUCCAACUAUCAAGCAAAAGGAGAAAAAGAAGAAGUCAACAUCUGAAAGUGAAAAUAAGCCUGACGUUGUUGUUUUAUCAGAAGAAAAACCAGAGACAGUUGAACCAGUAUGUUUGAUCGAGGAGAAACUGGAGGAUACAGUACUAACCGAACCGAGCAAAAAGGAUAAAAAGAAGAAGAAGCCUAGAACAAAAUCUGGGACCGAAACUAAACCUGAAAGUGUUGUUGUAGAAGAUGUAAUAUCAAUUGUUCAACCCGAGGCUGAAAAAGAAAUAUCUAAACCUGAAAUUAAAGAUAUUUCUCUAGAUACACAAACAUUUAUUGAAUUGGAGAAACACUCUGCAGUGAUUGAUGAAACCAUUAAACCUGAAUCGCCUAGGACAAGCAAGAAAAACAAGAAGAAGAAUAAGACAACCUCAGAAUCAGAGAAAAUAACUCCGGAAGUUGAAACGAAGGAAGUGGCUGUAGAAGAAGAAAGACCGAUUGUUAUUGAAACAGUAAAAUUGAAUACGGAAGUAGUUGAAGUUGUUGAAAAAAGUCUGGAAUCAUCAGAAAAGGAGAAGACAUCACCAAGAUCCAGCAAGAAGAAUAAGAACAAGAAAACAAAGUCAACAUCUGAAUCGGAAACAAAUCUUGAAGAAAUUAAACCAGUUGAUCAAAUCAUCACUGAACCACCUAGUGACGUUAAAGUAAAAACUUUGCAAUCCGAAAUUGUCCAAGUUACUCAGAAAAUUCAUUCGUUUAUUGAAGCUGAAAAACAAGAUGCUUUGGUUAAAGAAACUUUGAAACCUGAUUCUCCUAGAUCAAGUAAGAAAGAUAAAAGGAAGAAGAGAACAGAAUCUGAAACUGAGACGAAACCACAAGAAAUUUUACCUGAAACCGUAACUGAUUCUGUCAAGCCGGUGGAAAUAACAGAAGUAGUUGACAUUGUAGUUAAAUCAAUUGAACAUCCUGUGCCAGAACAGAAAUCUGAUGAAGCACCGUCACCAAAAGCAAGCAAGAAAGACAAAAAGAGAAGAAGGACUAUUUCUUCAACAGAAAAGCCGACUGAGAAUGUCAAAUCUGAGACAGUAACGGAGAUUGUUGCUGAUGUGGUAGUUAGUGACGAAAUUCCUAAAACUCAAGAAAUUGUCCAAGAAACAGUUGCAGUUAUUGAAUUGGAGAAGGAAGAUGUUAAACCUAAAGAGAUUUCACCCAAGUCAAGCAAAAAAGACAAAAAGAAGAAACAACAUGAACUUAUGCCCUCAUCAGACGAGGAAACACUCGUCGCACCUGUUGAUGUUACUGUUGUAGAUUCUAUAAUAACUGAAACUAAAAAAGAAGAAAUUGUUUUAGAAGUAAAUGAAGAUAAACCUAUGCCUCUACCACGAUCUGCCAAAAGUGAUAAAAGUAAAACUUCUGAAUCGGAGAGGAAGAUUUUGGAAGAUCCACCAGAAAUUGUUGGUUCGUCAAAACCAACUAAAAAAGAUAGAAAGAAGAAGAAAUCAGAAAGUAAAUCCGAAGAAACACUUGAAAGAAUGGAACAAGUUGAGAUUCCAGUAGUUCCUGUAAAAGAAGUUCAAGAGGAAGUUGUAAAGCAGGAAAAACCAGCGGAUCCUGAACCAACUGUGGUAGCUGUAGCUUAUAAAGGAUUGCCUAUUGAUGACAGUACAUCUUUGUUUGAGAGUGUUCUUGACGAACCAAUGGUUUUCUCGGAUGAUGAACCAAUUGUAACUGAAACCAUAAGUCAAAUUAGCGAACCUGAGAAAGAAAUUUCUGUUUCUGACGUUAUUGAAGUUGUUGAAGAAAAACCGGAAGAAAGGAAACCUGUAGUGAAAGACAGAAAGAAAAAGAAGCAUACUAAAUCAGAAACCGAAGAAAAGCUAUCCGAAAUUGUUGUCACUGAAGAAAUUAAAGUAACGACAGAAGUUACCACUGAUACAGAUACUGAUAAACAGAAUGAUCAGAAAGAAGAUGUGGAAUGGUCAACAUCUAGUAAAAAGGAUAAAAAGAAGAGGAAAAAUACAAAAUCUACUAGUGAAGAUAAACCUGUUGAAGCGACAACUGAAGUAACUGAAAUUCCUAAAACUGUGAACGUAACUGAAAUACCAGAUAAAACUCAAGAAAUAAUUUCAUUUAUUGAAACAGAAAAACAGCAUGCUGAACAAGAACAAAAACCAGAGUCACCAAAAUCUAAAAAGAAGGACAAGAAAAAGAAUAAACCAAAUGAAGGGCAAGAAAUUGAAGAAAAAUUAAUAUCUGAUGUUAAACUUGAAAUUUCCAUUGAUCAACCGGAAUCAGUAAUAUCUACUGAACAUUCUGAAGUUAAAACUGAAGUGAUUAUAUCUACAGAACCAGAGCAAACCGUAGAAACACCAAAUGUAGUUGAUUCUCCAAGAGGAAGCAAAAAAGAUAAAAAGAAGAAAAAACAAAUUCCUCUUGAGGAAACUCCAGUAGUGACGACAACAGAAACGGUUGUAACUAAUAUUGAAAAGGGCGUAGAAGUUGUCGAAGAAGUUAACAAAGUUAUAGAAUCCGAAGUGCAACAUGUAGUUAGAGAUGAAAUUGAAGAACAAAAGCCAAAGGUUGUUGAUUCGCCCGGAUCUAGUAAAAAGGACAAGAGAAAGAAGAAACACACUACAUCCGAAAGUGAAAAUAAACCCGUGGAUGUUGUUGUUCAGGAAGUCCCCGAACCAAAGUCGGAAAUUGGUGAAGUAACUUCGGUUACAACUGAAAUUAUUAGUAAUACUAUCAGUACACAGGAAGAAAAUUUAAAACAAACUGAAGAAGCGAAGGUCGAAUUACCUGCUACUGUACAGAGUCCUCGCUCAAGCAAAAAGGAUAAAAAGAAGAAGAAAGAAGUCUCAAAAGUGCCUAUUGAUGAUAAACCUGAAGCAAUUCCUAUUGUAUCAGAAGAACAAAAAGAUGCACCAGCAGCAAUUGUGCCAGAGACUCCAGUUUUGGCUGAAGUAGCAAAGAUUAAAGAAGAAGUAGCGGUUGAGGUUGCGGAAAUAAAAGAAGAAACACCAGUAAAAGUUGCUUACAAAGGUUUACCAAUUGAUGACAGUUCUAAAAUUUGGGACGACUUGUUCGAUCAACCAAUGGUACUCUCAGAUGAUGAACCAACAGUUGAAACUAGCACUAUUAUAACUGAAACAGUAACUGAAAUUAUCAAAGAACCAGUUGAUCAUAAAGUGGACGAUAAAGUUAUAAAAACAGUUGAAAAGGUUGAAGCAAGUGAAUCAGAACCAUCACAAGAAGGUGAAUUACCUAAAGCAGGUAAAAAUGAUAAAAAGAAGAAGAAACUAGUUAAACAGGAUGAUAAAGUAGAUGAAUUGGUGGUUAUUGAAACAACAACUGUAACUAAGAAAGUUAAGCCAGCAAUUGUAGAAACAAGUGACUUAUUGGAAAAGGUAGUAUCAGAGCCUGAAGAAAAUGUAGUAAAACCAACUAAAAAGGAGAGGAAAACAAAGAAGGAAACAAGUCCUAAAGCGGUGGUUGAUAUAAUUGACAAUUUGGGUACCAAAAUAACAGAUACCAAUACGGUAAAUACUAAGAAUGUGGAAACUUCCGAAUCGGUAACAUCAUAUUCUGAAAUAUUGCGUAAAUCUAAACCGGAAACAAUUCACUCUGUACAAACUGAUCAGCACUUUGAAACUUUCCCACGCACAAACAAAAUAGUCCUAAUCACCCAUGAAGAAAUCAAACUUAAACCUGUCUUAUCACGCGAGAUACAAUUAGUAGAGACGCCGAUAACAACAGAAACAUUUAUUGAACAAUCACCUGAGAUCACUAAACUUGAAGAAGAUACGGAUGAUAGCAAAGCGAUGGAUAUUUCAAUCAAAUCCACAGACUCUGGUGUUAUUAGCGCUCAAGAUAUAGAUAUCGAAAUGGCCAUAUUUGGUUCAGUGAAACACCGACCAAAUGCUCCUGUAACAAUGCUCACGUCAGAAAUCAAAAAACCUGGUAAAAAGCAGGCGUCGCAAAAACAAGCUCUAAAUGACAAACAGGGCCUGGAAACUACGCUUGUGACAGGUGCGCAACGAAUCGACCGCUUAGACUCGGUGAUUGAUGUCGAGGUGCAUUCGAUUGAGGAAGUUAUGAACAUCGUGGAGAAGCGGCGCGGCCAGCAACAGCCACAGAAACGCAAAGGUUUGCCUGAUACUGACUCAGUUUUACCCGAGUCAGAAUCUCCUAAACAGAUUGAUAGUCAGGAGCAACUGACAGAUGUGGUCGAUACAUAUCUCGGUUGUUCCGAUGAGGAGCUCAGAGCUAAAAUUAUCCCCUCGCCGCUUUCAGAUGACGAAACCGACCAGUCAACUACGGCGAAGGACGAGACAAGCGAGAGCAAUCGCGAUGAACCGGCUGACACCAAACGCAAACCACGUCGCAAACGCAAUAAGAAUAAAACUCCUCGUGGUGAGGAAGAAGUGACUCCUGAAAGUGGAGCAUGUGCAGUGGCACAACCUGUAGUUGCUACAAGUCAGGUUGAACCAGCUGUGUGGAAAAAAUCGUUUGCAGAGCCUGAAACUAAGACAGAAAAUGUGGAACCUGUAAAAGUGGAAGAUCCUGAUCUGGAUACCUCUGAAUGUCAAGAGGUGGUUGAGAAGCGUAGAAGGAAACGCAAUCGAAAGUCAAAAUCUGAAGAUGAAACUAAAAAAGUAGCAGAAGAUGUUGCUCCAGUUGAACACCAACAAGCAGAAUCUCCUAGUUCAACACAGGAAAUGCCUUCUUCAAUGGUUGAAAGUAUCAGUGAGGGUGAAGCGGUAACACCUCGAACGCCUCGCAGGCGUAAUAAGAAGAAAAAGGAGGUUGUUGAGGAGAAUGUUGCAGAAGUGACACCUACUAGUAUUCCUGAUGAGGUUGUAGAGGAAAUCUUGAAGGAAGGACCUGUGGUACCUGAAGAGGUCCCUGAUGUUGGUAAAACUGAAGAACAGAGUGCACCAAGCAAAAAGAAGCGUAAAAAUAAAAAGAAAGUAAAUACUCCAAGAUUAGAUGAUUCUUGUGCUGAUAUUCCGGAGCUUACCAAAGAUAUUAUAUCGGAUACGAUACCGGAGAAUAAAGUUGAAAACAAAGAAGAAAUUAUUGUAUCAGAAACUGCUACAGAGUCUGAGGCAGAAACAUCUACAAAGAAAAAGAAACGUAAUAAGAAGAAAACUGGAAGCGUACCAUCAACACCAAGGGUUGAUGUUUUAAAUGAUGAGACAGUUGAAGCAGAGAUUCAAAAGAUUUUGGAUAAACCAGACGUAGUUGAUGAGACUUUGAUAUCUGUUGAGCAGCAAAUUCCUAGUGAUACUCCUCGUGAAAGUGCUGAAACUCCGCAACCUGAAAAGAAAAAACGUAACAGGCAUAAGAAGAAAUCAGGUUCGGAACCAUCAUCACCCAGGGAAAACAAGCCUGCACCUGAAUUUAUGCAAUUCGCAACUGUUCAAGAGCCAAAUGUUGAUCCAAUUGUCCAAACUGAUAACAAUACUGUUGUAACAGGCACUAUCCUUUCAGAAGAAACUGUUGCAUCGAAAGUUAUUGACACUCGGGAGACAUUUGAAGAAUGCAAACCUAAAAGUAGAAACAAAAAAUCGAUAAAACCUGAAGAACAUGUUUCCUCUCAGUUAAGUACUGAGGAAGAAACAGGAAAAUCUGAUUCUAUGGAUGAUAGAACGCCCAAAAUAAAGAAAACAAAGUCUGUUUCAUUUGAGGAAAUUCCUCAGGUGAUUGAAAUUGAAACGCAACAACAUGAAGCAACACCACCCCCUCCUGAGAAACCAAAGAAACCAGUGUUUCAACCAACAGGAGUGUUAUGGACGGAUUUGUUAGAAGCUGAGGAUAAUAAGCUGAUGACUGAGGUUCCGGACUUUAUGACAAUGAGCGGAAGUGGUUUCCAUUCAUCAGUGUAUGACAUGGCUAGAAUUAUUGAUGAAGAACUUGAAAAUUGCGAUGAUAGCACGCAACCAGCUAUAUUACAAGUGGAAGAAAUUACGAAAUUCGUAGAUAACAUUGUUGAUGACGUUCCUAAGAAGAAAGGAUCUAUUGAUGAUGAUUUUGUAAUGGUUUUAGAAGAGGAUGUACCCAAAGUUGAAGAAAAUCAAGACGUUAAAGAGGUUGAUGUAACUAAGGACGAUGCGAAAGUUGAAGAAAUUACGGAAGUGAAAGCUGCAGAUCAAACUAAAGAAGAAGUCAAAAUUGAAGAUAUUUCUUUGGUACAGGAUACCCAUGUUGAAGUAGUUGCUUCAGGGAAAUCGAAGAAACAUAAGAGUAAAAAAGGACAUAAAGACAAGGGUAACAAAGAGAAAAAGGAAGAAGUAGUGGAACCUAUUAUUACAGUAGAGAAGGACACUACAAAAAUUAACAAAGAAGAACUGACUUUGGACCUAGAUGAUUUUAAAAUGUCUGAUUCGAGCUCAAACGCAUCACCUAUGUUGACCCCUCUUCCUACUGGUACGGUUGAUAUCCCAACAACACCAUCUAAAUCCCAAUUUGAAGAAAUUGUUCAUAAAGCAACGGAAUUUGUUCCUAAAAUAAGACCCUCAGAUUUGAAUCCAAAUGCCCGUGAAUUUAUUCCUGGUUUGGAGAAGACUAAAUCUGAAAUAAUAGAAAGUGUUACGAUUAAAACCGAAACCUCCAACCCUGAAUGGGGAUAUGACAAAGUAAUGACCAGCCCAUCUGCAGGUUUCAUUAGCAAAGAAGACGAUGAUUUUCCUCCUGUGCAUUCAUGGGUUCAUGACAUCUUGGAUGAUUCUGAAGAAUUAGAAACUCCGAAACCCAUUGAAGUGAAGGUAGAGGAAGUAACGCCACCUAAAGUGUCGGAUGUUAGUGAAACCAAACCUAAAGCAAAACCCAUGCAACGUAAAUCUAAAUCACCUAAGACAAGGUCUUCACCCGAAAAAUUAAAGGAUUUAGUACCUUUAUGCAAAGAAGUUAAGGAAACACAGGAAGUACUAAUAAAUCAACCAAUUAAUGUCUGGACUGCACAAAGUGAUGGUCAGACUUAUGCAGAUAUUGUUGCAGCAAAUACAGGCUCUAAAUCCGAAGAACAAUUACCUGUAGUUGAUGCUACCAAGGUUGAAGCACCUUCAAGUCCAAGUUUGAAGAAAAGACCGGUGGAGAUUGUCCUCACUAAAGUGAUAGUAACAAAAGAAGAAGAAACAUCUGAAAGUGAUGGUAAUAUACAAAUGAGCCCCAAAAAAUCUAAGAGGAAAUCUAGAUCUGGCAACAAGAAUGUAGUUGCUAAUGAUCAACCUCUGGAGGAAAUUGUCAACGAACCUUUUGAACCGGAACCAGUUGCACCACAAACACAUAAAAAGGAUGUAAAAGUUAAGAUCAAGGAUCCAAAGAGGCCUAAUAAACAUACCAUCAAAGGAGAGUUGAAUUACGAAAUUAAAUAUGACUUGGAACACAUGAAUCAAUCUCUGGAAGGUAUAACACCUGAACAAAGUUUCAUUGAUACUUCAUUGGAGCCAGUUGUAAUUGAACCUAUUCAACUUUCACAAGUUGAGAACUCUUCUCCUUUAACAUAUGCUAAAGUAUUUGGUACGAAGGUACAACCCACUUCAGAACAACCUAUUGAGGUGGUAUCACCUAAGGAUAGUCCUAAGGAAGCGAAACCAUCUAUUCCUGUGCAUAUUGAGGUUAUUUGUGAUACUACUACGACUGUUACGAAACGUGAUCCAAUAAAUGUGGAUGAAGAAGGUUUCAUUACUAUUCCGGUUCGUAGUAGAUCUAGGUCGAGGUCUAGGAAUCGUGUUCAGGGCGCAUUGUCACUAUCUCCACCUGUCAAUAAAUCAUCUAAGACGGAUACAAUUGAAAUUGAAGCUAAAGUGGAAGAGAAAGUACCAUCUUGGGCUAACAUUGCUUCUCAGAAGGAAGAAGCUGACGUACCUAAAGUUUCAGAUAUUGUGAAGCAGUUUGAAGAAGCUGCUAAAGAAGAAAGUCCCGAUGAUAAGAAAAAAGACAAAAAAUCUAAGAAAGAAAAGAAGGAAAAGCAAACAUCUGGUUUGAGUGGCUUGAUAUCAUCUGUAAAGUCAGUAUUUUCUCAUUCAAAGAAUGUUAAUCAAGCGGAAUCUAAGGAACUGAAAGAAGCUAAACAAAAGGCUAAAAAGGACAAGAAGAUUAAAGAAGAAUCAGAAGCACAUGCACAAGAAGUUAAGGAUAUUGUGAAGGAAGUUUACCGGGAGAUGGGACAAGCUCCUCCAAAAACAAAAAAGGACAAAGACAAGAAAGAAAAGAAAUCCAAGUCCGAUGUUGUAAUGGUUCCUGGUGUUGUUGAGUCUUUAGAAGGAGAGAUUGAUGAAAUAUUUGUGCAACUUACUGAACCAUCUGCCGAUAGUAAAUCUGAGCCAUCUGUAAAGGUGGAGAAGGUAGAAGUUGAGGUAACACCAGAAGUUUCUGCCAUUAAAGAAACUACUAGUAUUCAGCCUGCAGCCGAUUAUCCCCUAGCUGAAAAACGCAGUUCAUUUAUUGGCAGUUUACUAGCCAAGGUGACUGGUGGUGAUAGUAAGAAACACAAGGAAAAGAAAGAAAAAGACAAGAAGAAAGAAAAACCUAUGAGAGAGUCUGAAGAAGAAGGUAAACAAUCUGAAAAAGAAGAAACAAAAUCAAAGGAAAGCAAAAAGGAAUCAAAGAAAAAGAAGAAGAAGGAUGCAAAAAACGAUAAUAAAACUAACAAAGAAGAAAUCAUUGAAGAAGUAAAACCCAAGAAAGACAUUGAAGGUAAUCUACUGAUUGACAUUGAUUUGAAACCUGAAAAGACUUUUGAGAUCCCGAAGAAGGACAUUGAAGGAAAUAUCUUGGAUAAAGAAUCAAAAAUGUUAGAAGUUCUCCUGAAACAAGAACCGGUCACACCAAAAGUUGAAAAAGUUGCUCCUACGAAAACACCACCGCAGGUACCAUUUGAAGAAACUGAUGACUCCGAACUAUCACAAAACCUAGUUCAAGAAGAUUACUGGUCUGAUAGAUCUAUGUACAUGAGUGCUGAAGAAGAUUACUUCCUAUCGCUUGCCCAACAAUUUAAAAAAUCAUCCCCUCCAUCUAAAACAAGUCCAAAAGAUGAUCACGGUGAUCAUGAUGAUAAAGGUGAUUCCGACGGUUCCAAUGGUGGUGGUGGACCAGGUUCAGGUCGUAAAGGUCCAACCUCACACGGUAGCUCCUCAAAUGAUACACAAUAUACUCGCGCAACCCUUCCGGGUGGAAUGUGCCAUUGGCGUGACCAAAGCACAUAUCUCCAAGGUGAAACCCCAACUACUAACCCAAUUGACUUGUCCAAAGUUGCACCCCCCGCCCAAACUACUCCUGUAGGACCUUCCAAGCAGCAACCGACGUCGCCAUCCAAUAGACAACGUCAACGCAGCCAAGCAGAGAUGGGCGAGACCCAUCAGCAGAGCAAGAAGGCCUUAACCGAAGGAGUAGCAGACCUGCAUCAGUCCUUGCAGAACACAGAGAAUUCCAUUGUCGAAUUACCAAAGGAAGGAUUCGAUCAGAUUAUAAACGCGCUGAAGGAUAUUACUGGUGAUUUGAGACAACACGCAGGCGAAGCGAUACGUUUGGAGGGUUUGGUCAUCGAAGUGCCUUCGGAUCAAGAUGUCUACGAAUUAUCACAGACCCUUGCGGGGAUUCGUACCAGGAUAGCUAGUCUGUUGAGUCAGGCUGCUGCUGGUCAAAAGACUCUUGAGGAAGCGAGAGUGAAACACGAUAAGCAACAACAGGAGAUUGUGAUUUAUCAAGAACUUUUGACUGAAAUUGAAUUGUGGUUGCAUACUGUGCGCGAAACCCUUUUGAUUGAAACGCGAGACGCUAGCGCAUUGGACGCGAUCAGUGACGAACUUAAAUCGAAAGAAUAUAAAUUAGACGAACUUAAAAGUGUGUGCGAACGUUUCAAGCAGGAUCCUCAGUUGAGAGAGUUUGCGCUCACUCUUGAGGAGCAGCUGAGAACGAUUUUGAUAAUAUUUGCUGAACAUAAGGUGAUUUUAUCGCGUAAAAUUGAAAAUAUUAAAAGAGAACAACAGUUACAACAAGAAGUACCUCCUGAAUUAUCCGUAAAAGAAGAACUCAAAGUGGAAGAGUCUGAAGACACUUUGGAUUCUAUUUCUAUGCCCAUUGAAGAAACUCUUCAACAAGGUAUUUGUAUUGAAACGCAAACCGGUGACAGUUUAUUGGGGACGGUGCCUAUUGAAGAAGAAGACAUGGAGCGUAAAAAGGAGAGUAUUAAGAUUACCAAGACGGUUUCUGGUGGGAUGCAAACCAUUCAUAUUGCUACCAAUCCAACGGAACCUAUUGUGCAAGAACCUGAUGAUUUGACUGUGGCAGCUAAUUAUAAACAGGAAAAAGCUGAUAAUCAAAUUGAAGAUGUAACCACUUCUGAGAUUAAUAUUUCCAGUAUGAAACCUAAUCAAGGGUUUGAAACUGUUUUUGUUGAACCUGAUGAGACUACUACCGAAGUGAUUGUUAAUCCCGAUGGCAGUAAGAGUAUUAUUGUAAAGAAACUUCAUAGAACGCUGGUGCAGCGUCAACAGAAACAUGUUACCACAUCAAGUAGCCACAGCACUAUAAUCACUGGAGAUGAUAAUGUCCCGAUAACGCAGAGCUUUUCUCAGGUCACCCUGAUGGGACAACAGAGUAGUACAUCAAUUGCAGCUAAUGGUAGACAGGAAACACUGACCAGUUCCAACUAUGGUGGUCGUAUUGUGAAAUCAGGUGCUGAUGGCGAAGUGCAAGUGCAUGAAUUUGAAGGUGAGCCAGAAUCGCACUUUUCCGUUAUUGAACAAAAGCCGGAAACAGUGGAGAUGCAAGGAGUGCAAUUCCAUGAAGGAGAUCUUGCGAUGGUUGAUGAAAAUGUUCUUGUUCCUGAAGCCGGGCAGUACCUGGUUGAAAGUGGUGAACUGCACACUUCUUCAUCUAGUGUAAGAGCUGUAGUCCAACAGGUAACUAGGCGUAUUAUCCGCAAAACAAGGAAAAUCAUCCGAAGAGUUGUCAUUGUUGAUGGCAAGGAAACGGUUCAAGAGGAGAUUAUUGAAGAACCCGAGGAAGUUGAAAUUACUGAAGAAGGUGUUCCCCGGGUGAGCAUCAAUGUGAUGAAAACUGAAGGUGUGCAGGUGUUGGACCCGCAACAACAACAACAGGGUUCUUUGGAUGCCGCAAAUACAGAGAGGUAUGUCUCAGUAGCCACAUCACCCAUUCCAGCUGCACCAGUAUCAGUAACCAGUACCAAGAGUAGCCCCGUAUCUGCACCGGCUUCGGUUACUUCCCGUAUUGAGGCGCAAGUUGAUGAGAAGUUGGCUUCUGGUAGCUCGAACCCGCUUUCCGCACCACCUAGCUCGGAAGAUACACCAUCCGAUGGCCGGAAGAAGGGCGGCAAGAAAAAGGGCAAGAGACCGCUCGAUGAUAAAAGUAUAGUUAGCGAUUUUAUUUCUGCAGAAGCGGUGUCGUCGAUGCAAGCACCUCACCCUUCCCCGGAUGUGAUUCAAACUAAGAUUACCACCACUACGACAACAACGCAAUCGCCGACUAUUAAAACAACUGGCGAUGAAACUAAACCUGAACAAACAUCAAGGCCUAGUUCAAAAUUGGAGUUUCUUCAAUUACAACAUGAAUUGGAUACUGCUGAACCCAUUGAGGUGAAUGUUACUCAGACUGAGAUUUGCGUUAAACCUAUUACACCGGUUCCGGAAGUAAUUCAACCAGAAAGUCCAAAAAUUGUUGUUAAAACAUCGAAAACCGGAACACCUUUGAUUCUAACUCCUACUCCUACUCCAACACGAACACCUACACCAGUUCCUGUAGAAGAAGAUGACACUGGAAUUAAGGUAGAGAUUACCAACACUGAGAUUGAUGUAGAGAUGACACCUGAAGAACUUAGAUAUGAGAUCACACUAACACCGGUAGAUGCUCUUGACGUACCGUUGGUGGAGGAGCCUGUUUCUGAGACUGUAUCUCUCGCUGGUGAUGAUUCCGCAAGUGACAAGUUGAAUAUUCAAGAGAUUGUUGCUGAAGAAAUUGAACGUGUUAUUAAUGACGAUCCUGCUUUCAAGUCAUCUACCAUGGAAUUUAUUCUAAGUGAGAAAGCCCAAAGCAUCCCCACUCCUACUAGUGUUGAAGAACCAUCAAAGGGCAGCAAAAAGAAGAAGGAUAAGAAGGACAAAAAGAAGGAUUCGCCAACUUUAGACAUUACUGAGGUAAAGGAUUCUGUUACUACUGUUUAUGGCUCUGUACCCGCAACUGAAGAACGUGUAGAAAUUCAACUACACUUGGAAGAACAGCAACCCAAGAAGACAACCGAAAAAACUAUGGACAAGUCGAUGGAAAUUAAGUUCAAGGAUAGCGCUGUUUCUCCAAUGGUCUUCAAGCCAGAGAGCGAACAUGAAGAUAGCAUUACCAGUGGUGAUUUGGACAGCGGAGGGCGAAAGAGUCGAAAGAAAAAGAAACGUAAAGAUGAUCAGAAAGAAAUGACCCCCGAUUACUCAACUUCACUGGCUGACUCUACCGAGAUUAGCAUGCCAGAGGAAGAUUCCUCCAGACAGGAGGAAUCGCCUAAGCCUACCAUGGAAUCCUUUGAUACUUCGGAACAUGAUCAAGACGAAUUUGCUAGUAAGUCUGGCUACGAAGCCGACAAAACUACUGUAGAUGAAAGCCUAGCAGAUGAUGAUGAUAUGGAUAAGAAGAAGAAGAAACGCAAGAAGCGCAAGCAAAAAUUAAAACCUGAAGAGACUGAAGAAUCUAACGCUCCUGUUUCUACCUAUGACUCAUCGGUUGUGGGUGAAUCUAUUCAGUUUACUGAUGAUGAAGUAGUGCCUGAGGCUUCGCAUAAGAAACCGGCGGAGGAUGCAAAGAAACGUAAGAAAGAUAAGAAGGGCAAAAAGUCAAAGCCUAAGGAUGAAGAGUCUGGAACUGAAGAAGCUAAAGACACUGAAGAUGCUGAAGUUCCCCUUCAGGAAGCUGCAGUUGUUCAAAUUACAUCACCAAACGAUUCCUAUAAAAGUAUGUCUAGUCCAUCGGAAGUUGGAACCGUUAAAAUUGUAGAACAAAUGGUUGUCACUCCUGAUAAUCAGGAAACCAUUCGAGAAGUUGAAUUUGGUGUUAUCUCACAGGUUCCUGUGGUUGAGGCUCUAGUCACUCAAGAAAAUAUUGCUCAAACAUCUCCUAUUCCCACCGAAGAAAUUGUUCAACCUGUUGCUACUGAAGUUAUUACCAAAGUAGCAACGGAAGUAAUUUCUGUUCAAACCUCGCCAGAACCUGUUCAAGAAGUAACUGAAAUGGCGAUUCAAACUCAAAUUUCCGAAGAACCAUCACCACAAGUUGUCACAGAAUCUGUUGAAACUGUAACACAGACUAGUCCUUUGGAGGUAAUUGAAGUCCUGGUUCAAACAUCCCGAGAACCCUCUCCAGAAGACAAACCUGUUAGAGAUAGUGUUGAAUUUACUGAGGAAAGUAUUCAGACUGUUGAGGUUCCACAUACGGCAACUGCCAUUCAAACUGUAGAAAUUGAGCCUGAAGUAAAAAUUGAAGAAAUCAGAACACCUGACAAAGUUGAAGUACAAUUGAUUAGCCAAGAGACUCAGGCAGAACCAACAGUUGCUGUUAUUAUGCACUCGGCACAAACAUCACCAAUGCCAUCAGCUCCUCCUGCAGAGUUUGAUAUUGCUGAAACACAGACAUCUAUUCCAUACCCUGAAAGUUAUAUUUUGACUGAUGCAGCGAAAACAAUUAGUAGUCCUGUGGAAAAUAUUCCUUCACCUCCUGUUGUCCCAGUUUUGGAAGCAGAAUCCAAGAGUCCUGAUGUUUCUUCAUCGACUGAGUAUGAGUUUUUGAUUCAAACUACGAUUGUUGUGCCGUCUGAUACGGAUACAACUACAGAUCUAACAACACCAAGAGAAGCACAUACCGGAGUGAAAUCGCCCUCGAGUAAUGAAGAUGACAAUGAGGAAUUUUUGGAUUCUGAACGAGGUCCUCAAAAAUCUAAGCGGAAACGUAAUCGGAAGAAGCAUCCUAAACAACAACACCAAGAAGAUGUGGGAGAGUCUCCUCAGCCUGAAGAACAACCAGUUACUAAAGAUGUAGAAGGAUACCUUGACCCAAGGGACCUUUAUGCAGAUGUAACUAAAAGAGGAUCACGAUCAACAUCACCGGCAACUUCAGAACACAAACAGGAAGUUGACGUCAUUUCUCAAGAACAACCCAUCGUUACAGAUUUAGAUGUUCAGGAUGUUGAGGAACCUAUUGAUGUAUUGGUAAAAACAACGAAAGUAACAACCACAGCUAUGAAGAAAAUUGAUCCCAAGGCAGCUAAUCUUGCUCUGCUUGAUAAUGAAAGAAUGCAGGCUACCGCUGGUGACGUAACUCCAACCGUGUCAUCUCCAGAAACUCAAAUUGAUGUCAAUAUCAACAUAAAAAUUGAAUCUUCUGAGGAUGAAGAUAAAGCUGGUAAAGGCGAAAAGGGUAAAAAGAAGAAAAACAAGAAAAAUAAAGGCGCCAAAGACACUAAAGAUUCUACGGAUGUGAGAACUCCAGAAAUGGUAGUUCAAGAUAAUGUAUUGGUUGGCGAAGCUAUCGGUAAAGAUAAAAAGAAGAAGCCCAAGAAGAAGUCUAGUAGUUCACCCAUCGAAGAUAAACUUGCAGCUGGUGAUUCUUGGGAUAUUGAUUCCGAGAAGAACGAUGAUUGGGAAAUUGUAACAGGAGAUGAAAUUAAGGAAGAUGUUACAACAACAGAUGUGGAUAGAGAAAUUCUAACAGAAGACCGAACAAUAGCUAAAACACCAGAAAAGACGCCUGAUGAAGAAGAAAUCAAAGUACAAACAGAUGUGGUUACUACCAUUGAAAAGAAAGAAACAGAAAUUUCUGAAGAGAAAAUUACGAUAACUGAGGAACAGAAGGAUCCUAUUAAUAAAAAAGAAGCCAAGCCGGGUGAUGAACAUAUUUCACCUAUGAGCGAAGAACAAGAACCAUCUGAGGAUGACCUCGCAGGCAAAAGUAAAAAGAAAAGAAACCGCAAGAAGAAAGGCGGUAAACAAUCUGAUGACUUAUCAUCACCAACUUCCCCUUCAGAUUCCGAGAACAAAAGUUUAGAAAUCCCAGUGGAGGAAUCAAUUAAAAAGUCUUCUGAACCAGAAUUAAUUCAAACAUCAACAACAGAAUUGGUAACAGCAGAUGGUCAACCAAUCAACAUCCACACAACAAUUAUUACAUCCGAAGUACAAGAAUCUUCACCUACCGAAAUUCUUACCGAUGUCAAAAUUACUACACAACCACUUACACUCCUUGACGUUCAAGAUUCUACUCCAAAAUCAUUCAGUUCCUCAGACUCAUCGCCAACUGAACCUCAUCCAGAUUCAGACAAUUUGAAAGAUGUGUUGGAACCAAAGAAACGUAAACAAAAGGGAAAAUAUGCUACAUCUGUCACGAUUGAAGAAGUGAUGUCACCAGCUCCUGUUGGUGAUACUCUAUUUAGUCCUGAAGCUGGAGUUCAUACAACUCCACUAUCACCACCUAGCACGAGUUAUGAACCAGUUUGGAAAGACAAUGUAAAACCCAAGGGACAAUCACCAUCACAACAAUUGAUCGAUCAAGAGAAACAAACAGCACCACCUCAGGAAGUUGAUAUCAAGUGGAAUCAAGCCAUGGCUCUAGUCAAAAAGAAGAAUCCGCAAAAUGCCAAGAGUACAACCCAUUUGAGCAACAUUCUGUACUUGGCUACCUUAAAUGAGGUUGUUACGGAUGAAUCUAUCUUACAAAAGAAUAAUGAUGUACAAGACAAUCUAAACAAGCUGAAAAAUGCUGUGGCAAAGAAAGAUCCUGUCAUAAUUGAAGAAACUGUCAUCACUACAAUUGAAACCAUUACAACUUGGUUAGAAACAAUAGAAUACAGAAUAUACCUGCAAAGACAGAAAGCACCUGAUGGACCAUCUGAAGAGAAAGUCAAAGAGUUUACAACGUUAAACGAUGAAAUUGUCAAUAUUAAAAAAUCUAUCACAGAAUUAGAGAACACUCUGAACAACACCAAGGAUGUGUGCAACGAGCAGGAACGCAAUCGUCUGAUUCAAUUUAUUAUUAUACUUCAAGAGAAACUAUCGGAAAUUCAGGAAGUUACAGAUGAGCAUAAACAACAAGCCGCAGAGGAUCUGUAUAAAUGGGAAGAGUUUAUCGCUGGUGUUGAUUCAAUCAAGGACAGUUCAAAGGAUGUCAACAGAAAGUUGGAUGAGCUUACAUCGGUUGAUGCGUCACCUCAGGCCAAAUUUGAUUUAUUGGAAGAGAUUGAAGCAACAAAUAAAUCUAAUCUACAACAGGCCCAUAAACUUAAACAAACAGCACGUAGUUUAAUGCAUUACUAUCCUGGUAAGAGCAUUCCUCACGAGGUUUAUGCUAAUUGUGAAACUUCUAAACAACUCCAACGCCGAAUCGAAGCAGAGCGUGAGAAGGUCAUCCAGCAUUUGGCACUUGCUGACGAAUACGAACAAACCUUGAAAGAUUUUGGACAUAUUGUUGAGAUUGCUGAAUCUUUAGUCAUCAGUCCGAUCAAUGUUCAGGACUUGACCCAUCUUCAAGAUGAAAUUCAAAAUCAUAGAAAGUUCUUUGGAUCCUUGAGCAGUUGUAGAAGUAUUUUGGAAUCUUUGGAGGAAAAUCUUGACGAUGACACAAGGAAUCAACAUUCUCCAUUACAUCAGGAUUUAUACAGACGAGCGAGCACCAUUUUACAGGACCAAGCUACAGGGCGUUUCCAACAGAUGACUCUUGCAGCUUCCAGAUGGACCAUUUCAGACCAAGGAAUGCGAGAUGAACAGAAGUGGUUGCAGGUUGCUCAGCAAAGAGUUCCUAAUCUGAAUAAUGUCACUUCGGCAGAUUAUGACCAAUAUAUCAAUUUGUAUCAGUCGUUGUCGUUGGAUAUAGCACAACAUCAUGCAAAGUUAGUUCAUUUAAAUAACACAGCGAACAAGUUGCAAGAGUUGGUCAAUUGCACAUCAUUAGAGCAGACUUAUACAGAAUCAUUGGAAAUUAUUCAGCGAUUACAGGAGGAUGUUAAUAAUAACCUAAAGCGAUUGAUUGCGUUCCGUGACACGUGGGGAACGUACAACAUUCUAAGUGAUAAGUUGGAGUAUUGGCUGAAGGACGCCGAAAGGGAGUUGGCAACUAUUAAUUUACCCGUUGGCUCCGCCCCUAGCAAUAUGCGUCAGUUUUGGGAAUUAAAAGCGCAACACGAAGUUAACAACGCGUUGCGCAUCAAUGCAGGUAACCAGCUGGAUAGGUCGAUGCAGAUUGUACCCGUUGCUGAUGAAAAUGUCCAAAGACAAUUCCAUUCGGUCUUGCAACAACAAUGGGGCAAAGUAUCCGCUAAAAUCGGUGAAAUACAGAAUGCCAUCAUGGAGUCAAUUUCAGCUUCUGAUGUACCCACCAAUGAAAAGCUAACCAUUUUAGAACAGGAAUUGCAAGAGUUGAAAUCUAGUAUUGAUCAACUUGGUGGUGUGAUUAAGAACGAAGAUGAGCUAGAUUUAUAUGUGGAAAGAUUACAGAUUAUGUCUAAGAGAAUUGAAGCCAUUGAGAACGAACUUGGUAAACUUGGUCUGCUCAAUGCAACAGAAUCUGAAAAAGUUGGUAAAUUACUUGCGCUAUCAAAACGCUUAGAAAUGCAAGUUGCAGAAGAAUUGGAAGGUAGUAAACUUCUUAAAGAGCGUCUACAGAACAUCCAACGCGGUUUAGAACGCGUCAAGAAACAUCACAAUAGAAUUACGGAUGUUUUGGACCAUUGCGAAUCUGCCGAGAAAAUGGGCAGUGAGAGUGUGGAAAAGGCUGUCAAUGAAUGUUAUGAAAUGGGCGAGGAGCUGGUAACACUCUGGCAAGACCUGAUGACUUUAAGACAACUUCUGCACACGCUUCCAAUGAGACUUAAAGUUUCUGUAUCACCGAUUGCAGUGGAACGGGAAAUAUCUGGAUUGAUUGAUAAUCAUACUUUGUUGGAGAAGAGAUGCGGCCAACUUUUGGCUCUUCUGAGAUCCCGAAUGGCACUGUGGCAACGCUUUGAAAGACAACUGGAAUUGGUACAGCAUAGUGUGCAGGAAGCUGAUUUCAUGAUGGAGUUGCUUACUGUUCAAGGAGCUGUAGAUUAUGAACGGUUGAAGAAGGCCACGGAGCGUCUUGAGAGCGUGUCGGGUGAUUUGGUGCGGCGUGAAACGCUGAUCGACGAGCUGAAAUCGAUCGCCGAACCGUUGGCGGCCGACUGCGACGCGGAGGUGGCUGCGAAGGUGGAGGCGGCAGUUGCCGAGGCGUGCACCGCCUGGGAAGACACGUGCGCCAGCCUGAAGCAGCUGUGCGACAAGUACCAACACGCCGCCGGUCUCUGGCAACGUUAUCGUGAAACUUCUGAUGUCUUGCGCGAAUGGAUCGAUGCCAGUAUCGAAAGUGUCAGCGAUUUACAACAACCGGAAGAAGUUGUCAAACAGGUCAAGGUCUGCGAGGAGACAUUAGCCGAACACACCAAAAGGCUUGCCGAAUUGCGCCAGCUGGUUUCAGACAUAGCGGCCGACGUCGGUCUGGACGCGGACGCGCUUUUGGGCGGUGAGGUCGACGCGCUUGGUCGCAGGCUCGUCGAUGUCAAGGAUUCCCUCACCAUCUUGGCCAACGUGGCCGAGAACCAGGCGGCGCAACGCGACCAAACUAAAAACCAGAUUAACGGCACCAAAACAACCCUAAAUUCAAUUCAAAAAAGUGUAAACGAGCUUCAAAAUGGCUCAGACCCCGAUAGCGACGAGAAACUUCAUGUUCUUCGUCAACAUCUUUUGGGGCUUGGGAAGACGGAAAACCAGAUACAAGAUAUUCAUGACAAAACCUUGGAAAACUAUGAUUCAGAUUCCAUUACUACCGAAACAACAGAAACGUCUAUUUUGGAAAUUUUAGAACUCUGGCAGACCGUUUUCCGGGAAACGUUCCAACAAUACCAUCGUUUGAGUUCAAGACUAGUGAAGAAUGAAGAUGGUGCCGCCGCGCUUAGGUUGUGGAAGGAGUAUAUCAUUCAUGUGCAACAGUUCCUAUCUGGCACGAUACCUAGUGAUGUACAUAGUUUAUCAGAACACCAACAUCUUUGUCAAAUCCAUCAGAAUUUGCUUACUACUCAACAAAAGGUUCUCAUGCCACAACAACAACUUACUGGAGUUGAACCCAGUGUAAUGGAACAGUUUAACACAUUAACCAAUCUUCACAAUGAAACACUGUCUAAAAUAAUGGAUAGGUACAAUGAGGUUGAAGAUCGUUUGCAGACCUGGAAGCAAUACACUGUUGAUCAGGCUUCCACAUUAGCGUGGUUGAAGGAGAUGGAGAAAGAACGUGAACGACUACAACUUAAAUACAUUCAUGUUAUUCGAUUGCCCAAACUUCUUGCGCAGAUUGAAAGUCUGAUUGAUCGGAUGUCCCAGGGCGAAGAUCAGUUGGAUAAUCUGCAGAAACAACAAAAGAAGAUCUUCCAGUUUUGUGAUGAUGCUUUUGCAACCUCGAUUAGGAUGGAACACGCUGCUUUGAAUCAAAGGAUAUCUAGUCUUAAGGCCGCCAUGGAAAGUUGGAAGUCUUUCCUGAAACGUAUUGCGGAUCAAUAUAAAUCAUACGAGGGCAAGGUGCAAAAUAUUCAGAAGAGUUUUGAUGAGAUUCAGAAUGUUAUUGCACAGGAAAUUCCAUCCACCAAUUAUGGUAUUAACAAUCGAUUGGAUAGUCUGAAGAGGACCAGGUCACAGUUGGAGAAUGUAACAAAGGAUUUGGAGGAGUUGGAUGUGAUCAAGGAACAACUUAAGGAGUGCUUCAGCCCAGUUGAUAUGAAGACUAUUAGUCAACGUGUAUGGUUACUGUGGCAUCAGAAGAAAGAUCUCGAGCAUGAAAUCAAAAAGUUGAUACUGCAACUUGAAGAGAAGACUAGUUUGCGGACUCUAUUUGAGACUAGACAGACUAGAUUUGUUGAUUGGGCUAAGGAAUUAGAAAGGAGGAUUGAGUCUGAGACUGAAACCUACGGACCUUUUGUAGAUCCCGAAGAAAUCAUCAGGAAAUUAGAAACUGAACUGCAUGCAGAGAUGACUUUGAAGGAAAGAGAAUAUCAGUGGUUGUUGACAACGGGUAAUGAGUUGGUUAAUGCAUGUGGCGAAGAGUACAGUGAUGUAGUGGCUAAACAGAAUCUGCAAGUGAGGACAAACGAAGUUCAGGAGCGAUGGAACCGCUUGGGACUACUGAUGAAAUCACGAAGCAGUAAACUGCAGGAGAUGAUGAAGACCUUGUCCACAUUGGAACAACAGAUUACGGAAAUUCGCACUUGGCUGACCAGCAUGGAGCAAGAACACUCUAAACCUAUCGAGUUUGCGGAAGCAAACAAGAAGUCCUAUGAUCAGUUAAUUGCCGAGAAUGAAAAAUUGAAGAAGAACAUUCAGAAGGAAAGUGGUAAAAUUGGUGAAGUUCUUAAUUUGUGUGAAUUGUUGCUGAAUGACACGGACGUCUGGAGGACCAGUUUUACCCCGGAUACUCUUAAUCUAGCUAUUAAAAACCUGGAAAAACGAUGGAAGAAUCUGUGCGGUUUGGCAUCUGAACGAAAACACGCCAUUAUGGUAAUUUGGAAACUAUUGCAAGAACUGUUGACGACGCAUGAUGAGAAUGAAAAGUGGGUGGGUCAACAAGAGAAAAAGCUGGCCGAUGUGGAGGCGUUCAAUGGGAAGAUCAAUGACAAGGUUGAACGCUUCGACAAAGUGAGGAAGGAAAUUGCCGGCAAGGAGGGGGCGCGUGAGAGGAUGGAGCAGGCGUAUGCGCGACUAGCUAAGACGAGCGGAGUGGAGCCUGAAAAUAUCCAACGCUUGACGGCUAAAGUUAGAUUGCUGUUGAGCAGAUGGGGCGCAUUGCGAGCACGCGCCGACGACCUCAACGUCUACAAGGAAUUCCGAGACGUUCAGGGCAGCGCCCUAGUCGGUCUAGCGAAGGUUGACGCGCGUCUCACACAAUUGCAGCAUUUGGCACGCGACGAUCAACAGAGCGACAGCGAUAAACUUGCUGAACUACAAAAUAUCGAAGAAGAACUCUCCACAUACAAUCAAUCCCUGCAAGAUGCAGACGAGCUGGGCUUAAAGAUUAUGCAAAAGGCCCAACAGGGCAAACCCAAAGAUUCGAAACAAUCAAAGGAGGAAAUUUCCAAGGUGCAGACAAUGAUUGAUGAAUACCAGUUGUUGUGGAAGGACAUUCAAACGCGCAUAUCUACAGUGAAAAUGGAUUUGCAGAAACAGAUCAAAUCUCAAACUGAUCGCCUCAGACGAGAGGAGGCUGUUCAGGUUGAGACUCUUAAAUUUGAAACUGACGCUGGUGUGCAGGUGGAUACUUUGCCGAAACACUUGCAGCGCAUGACAUCUCUUAGCGCAAAGGAUGCUUAUUUGAUGGAAUUGUAUGCCGCCUUGGACGAGUGUUCGAAACAUAUCAACACUCUGGACGACAUGGUUUUGGCACAGAUUCCUCAACAAGGAUCUCCUGAACUUCAUACUACAGGCAAGAAGAUCGCCAAACAGACAGCAAGUUGCGAAUCUUCUGUCGAACUGAUCAAUCAUCUUUGUGAGACUCUGAUCAACGACUGUAGCGCGUCUCCAGAAGAAGCUUGCGCGGACCGCGUCAAGGACCUGUCUCAGAAGUAUCAAGUACUGUUGGGACAAGCCAAGACAAAGGAACAUAAAAUCAGAGAACUUAGGUCUACCUUUGAUGCUUAUAACUUUUUGUGUGAACAUGAGGCCGGUAGACUCCUGUGUCCCUUGUGCACAAAACGAAAUUGGGCCCAAUUGGAAAACGACCUUUGGCGUUUAGAACAAUGGCUGCAGGUUGCUGAAGGUACUCAGAAGACACAGAAAUCACCGCCGUCCAACUUUGAGCAGUUGGAGGACGUUAUUCAAGACCAUCUAGAGUUUGUACUGGACCUAGACAGCCAUAAGAGUAUAGUCAGAUCCCUGAAUAUCGUCGGGUCCCAUUUGGCUGACCAUACUGAAGACACUGAACGGGCGGAUUCUCUCAGGAAACGUCUCGACAGUGAUAACAAACGCUGGGACGUUGUUCGUAAUAAAGCCUCUGAUUGGCAGAACUCUUUACAACAUGCACUUAUGGCGAACAAUCAAUUCCAUAACACGGUGACAGAACUUUGCGUGUGGCUGGAUGCCGAGGAACAAAAGAUACGUGCCUCGGAACCAGUUGACCUCACAGCAUCGCCUGAAACCAUUGACGCCAAGCUGAUGCAGUUUGUUGAAUUUAAAUGUGAUUUGGAGCGUUGCGAACCGCGAGUGAUGAGUCUGCAGGAAACGGCGAAUCAACUCUUGCGCGCUGAAGAUGCUCCCGUCGGCUCGUCGGGGAUUUGCUCCCGUCUUACCGAUCUACGUCUGAAGUUGCAAUCGCUCGUGCGACUCACCACCAUCUACAUUCUGAAACUCGCGGGCGUGCUCGGCAGAGACGCAAGCGCCAUUUUGCAAACUCGCGUCGGCUCUGGCCCUAUGCUCAAUCUAAGUCAAGACCUCGCCGCCAACCAAGACGCCAAGCCGGGCCCCUCCAGCGCUCAAGGCAGCGAGGCGAACACGAAUACGCAAUCGGAUGAAAUAGAUGUGUCCGUGUUGCGACGAAGCUACACAUUUUUGGGCCGCGUCGUGCGUGCCUCGAUGCCCUUCCAGGCGGUGAUGCUACUCUUGUUGGGAGCGGCUGCGUUGGUGCCGUUUACCGAGGACGAUUUUAGCUGCUCGCUUGUGAACUCGUUUGCGAACAGCUUGCAUCCAUCACUACACCACAAUGGCCCGCCGCCGCCUGUGUAAACAAGGCACUGACGACGGCCAUCUUGAAAGGCUAAAUACACAAACAAAAUCGAAAUCAACACAAAGACAAGCGGAAAUUUCCGCCGUAUUGAAUUUAAUGCAGAUGUGUCCAGAGAACGAAAUGUCAUUCCAAUAGUUUUAGUUUGUAAUUUGCAAAACAAUUGUAAUUUUCGCGACUUAAUUGAAACGCGACUGUGCAAUUCCGAUUAGUUAGUUACUGGCAUUAGAUGAUGCGUAUUUAUGUCGUUUUUUAUAUAGAGAUUUAGCGUAGACUUGUUUUAGCGAUUGUAAAGAAGACAUUGUAAAAUUUUGUACAUGAAUCGAACACGUAUUUGUAUAUUGGGGGAUUUCUGCGUGACGAGUUGCGAACGCACACGAGAUGCGAGAACGAUUUUAAAAUGUAAAUUUCAAUUUUAUCUAAUUCUUAGUGUUUACUUACGUAUACUUUAUUAGUGGCUGUACGACCAAUACUACUAAACUAGAACAUUAUAUGUUCAAAUUGGUGUAAGGUUUGUCAAGGGAGUGGAACACCUUGUCAUGUCCUUUAUCUAUUUGAAUGUUGCAAGAUGGCGUCGCUUCAGAAGCUCUCCACUCGGAGCGACUCCAUUUUAAUUGUUAUGAAAGGAAGCAAAACAAAGUAAAAUACGAUAAACUAUCUCUCCAAGUUGAUCGUGUUUUACUACUGGUUUUGAAUCAAACUUGUUGAAGGUCGUACACACUUCCAACGCUUAACUUGAUUUAAAUUAAUAAUGCUUUCGAUUGUUUUAAUAAUUUUGUAAUUUGCUCAUUGGUGCUAUUCUAAAUAUGUUAAGUUUUUAGUUUGACAAUGUAAUAAUUAUCAGUUUGUGUUGUUACUAAUCUUAUUAUUUAAAUUAUAUAUAUAUUCUAUGUAUAA